AUGACCUCAUUCAAUCCUGCCCCGCAACAACUCCAAGCCGCCCAGGACCGACACUUUUCAGGCGGCGUGCCCACACCGACUUAUAUGGGCAUGGUAGAAACUGGCGCGCAGUGGGAUUAUGUGGGAGGCAGGGGGGAUAGUCGGAGCAGAGAGGCGUCUGCAUCUCCUCAUCGGUCCGCGACAGAACCGCCAGUGAGGCAGGCAUCAUUACCCCACAGCUCACCCCUUGUGCCGCCGCAAGCAACGCCCGUCGCUAUGGCUUCGUCCGCUCCGCAAGAGCCUACGAUAAAUGAAGAGGCGGCGGCUGUUGUGGACCGGAGUAUGCGUGCCCAGCAGACGAAUGGGACGAGUAGUAAUGGGAAUGGAACGGCGUCGCCGGCGGCGACGAAAACGAGAAGCAGGACAAGAAUGGUGGGGGACUGGCAGUUGCAAAAGACGCUCGGAGCGGGGAGUAUGGGCAAAGUCAAGCUGGCAACCAACGUGCUCACGCGUGAAAAGUGUGCGGUCAAGAUCAUCCCAAGAUAUACCGAAGCCACCCGUCGCGAAGAGCCCAAAACACCGGAAGAAGCCGAGAAACAACGUCUGAAAGACGAGUCGAAAGAGAUCCGCACCAUCCGUGAAGCCCACAUCUCGCUCCUCUUGCACCACCCCUAUAUCUGCGGCAUGCGCGAAUUCAUCAUGCACACCAACCACCAUUAUAUGGUAUUCGAGUUUAUCGACGGCGGGCAGAUGCUGGACUAUAUCAUCUCACAUGGACGGCUGAGGGAGAGGGCGGCGCGCAAGUUUGCGAGGCAAAUUGGCUCGGCAUUGGAUUAUUGCCAUCAAAACUCGAUCGUGCAUCGGGAUCUCAAGAUUGAAAACAUCUUGAUCUCCAAGAAUGGCAAUAUCAAGCUCAUCGACUUUGGGCUGUCCAACCUCUACGCUCCGAAUCGUCAUCUCUCGACAUUCUGCGGGUCUUUGUACUUUGCUGCGCCAGAGCUGCUCAAUGCCAAGGCAUAUACGGGACCGGAGGUCGAUGUUUGGUCCUUCGGUAUCGUCAUUUACGUGCUCGUAUGCGGCAAAGUCCCCUUUGACGACCAAUCCAUGCCUGCCCUACACGCCAAGAUCAAGCGCGGCUAUGUCGAGUACCCCUCCUGGCUCAGCGCCGAGGUCAAAUCUCUCCUCAGCCGAAUGCUCGUCACCAACCCCCUCGAACGAGCGACAUUGACCGAAGUUCUCAACCACCCGUUCAUGACGAAAGGGUUCGACGGGCCGCCGGAUUCAUUCUUGAUCCGGCGCGAACCGCUGAGGGCGGAUGAGCUCGAUCCGAAUGUGAUCAAUGCGAUGGAGGGGUUUACGUUUGGGACUGCGCAGACGAUUUAUGCGGAUUUGUACCAGGUGCUCACGUCGGAAGAGUAUUUGAAUUGUGUGUCGACGUUUGAAGCGAGUCGGGAGAAGCGCCGAGGAGCGGGCGGGUCUAAUUCGAGUUUCAACUCGCCAGAACCGAUGGACUCGCCCAAGAAGAAACGCUUCAGCGGGUUCGACUUUAAGAAGCGUCUCUUCAAAGAGGACAAGAAGGUGGACGAGGUGGUCUUUAAGGAGCGCGCCGUCGACCCGACGCGAGGCUACGACCCCCUGAUUUCAAUCUACUUUUUGGCGCGAGAAAAGAUGGAGAGGGAAAAAGUGUAUGGCCCUGGCCAUUUCGCGUCGUCACAGCUUUCGCUGGAGGCGUUUAAUCCUUCGCAGGGGUAUGGCGCGCAGGUGCCGCAUCUCCAAGCGCCGGCUUCGACCCAUGUCAUGGGCGGGCACGAAGCGCUCCCGAGACCGAGGUCGGAUUAUAUCCCUACGAGUCCGACGCCGCUUAUGGCGCAUCCCUCGGCGGACGGGCCUCAGUCGCAGAUUGAGGAUAUUCCUUCUGGGGCGCAUCGCCGUCAGCCUUCCUUAAGUCAGCCGCCGUUACCGAGCGGGAAUGUGGUUGAAGGCGGGGGUGGGGGCGGGGGAAUGCAGAGGGAAGAGAUGGGUUUGACGAAGAAGUUUAGCAUGCUCGGCAAAGGCUCGCGGCCGCCCAGUGCAGGCUCCAUCCUGCCUGGACGGUCGAUUUCGGGCAAGAGGGAAGGCAUGUCGCCGUCGCCGUCUAUGCCGAUUACAGAGCAUCGCCGGGCUACGACAGUGCAUGAGAAGAAGCAUGAGAGGCGGGUGUCGGCGGGGAGCUUUUCGAAUAAUGCUGGGAGGGCUGGGGGGUCGAUUGUGAGGAGGCCGAGUCAGAGAGAGGGGACGGCGCCGCCUGCUACCCCUGCUGGAGCUGGACCGGCGUGGUUGGAUGCGCCGACGCCGGCAGAGGCGGACGAAUUCAGACCAACGCAAUUGUUCCCUUCCCCUUCCCCCGCCCCACCGCACCCCCCAUCCGACCACCGCGCCCCCUCAGAAACAUACACCAACGACGAACCACACGACGUCGCGCGCCCCUCCUACCUCAAAGGCAUCUUCUCCGUCUCCACAACAUCCACCAAAUCCGCGCCCGUGCUCAUGCGUGAUAUCAAAGCCGUGGUAGACAGGCUUGGGAUCAAGCACAGGCCGAUCAAGGGCGGGUUUGAGUGUGUGCAUGUGCCGAGUAUUGAUUUGGCGAGUGUGGUGAAUGGGGAUGAGGCGAGUACGAGUUUGUCGAAUGUGCCGUCUGAGGCCGGGGGCGGGGGCGGGGGAGGGGGAGGGGCGAGACGGAAGCCGAGUUUGAGGAAGAAGGCGAGUAAGGGGCAGCUUAAUGGUGGGGCGAGCUCGACUGCCAAUAGCCGGGGCAACUCCCCUGCGCCGCAUAGAGUCGUAACAGGCAAUUCAUCUGGCACCGUCUCGGCCACGCUUUCAGGCGGGGAAGGGACGCACCUGUCGGCACCAACCGGUGGUGGGAGGAGGCAUACAGUAAACAGCGGAGGAGGGGAUGAAGAUGAGGUGGAUGCCUGGGCUCUGGCGCAAGGUGGUGGGGCGGGGAGCAGUUUGAUAGUGAGGUUUGAGAUCUUUGUUGUCAAGGUGCCAGUACUGCCGCUCCAUGGUAUACAAUUCAGGAGGGUUGGGGGUGAUGGGUGGCAGUACCAGAUGCUUGCCAAGACUAUCUUGAGGGAGAUGAGGUUAUAG